AUGACGAGCCACACCGCCGCCGAUGAAGCCGCCAUCCGCCGUCUGCUCGACCAGUACUGUCACGGCCUGGACCGCCGCGACUUCGAGCUCCUGCGCGACGUCUUCACCCCGGACGCGGACCUCUCGUACUGCGGCGGCCUCCGUCGAUUUGUCGGCGGAGAAUCCAUGCGCGACGUGAUUGUCGACUUGAACGCCGCGUUCGGGCCCGUGGACCACGCCCUCAGCAGCCUCCUCAUCACCGUCGAUAAGGACGGCCACGGCGACACAGCCCGCGCCGAGUACCACAUCAAGGCGACGAUGCUCAAGGCCGACGAGCCCACGAUCGUGAUCCGCGUCGUUGACUUCAGGGACGAGCUGCGCCGCACCCCGGCCGGGUGGCGCGUCAGCAAGAGGCAGCACACGCCCAUGUUCCAGUACGAGCUACCGUCGACCAAGAUCGACUUUCCGGGCGUGGGCGGCGUCGAGUACCGCAUGCCAGAGGCUCGGCCGAAUUGA